AUGGACGUUUCCGCUACAGAGAUUGAGGCACUGCGAGUGGCAUACUGUCCUCCCCUAGACGACGCCCUGUUCUACGGUAUUGUUUCCGAUUAUGACCUCCCUCGGGACCGCGACGCCUUGACCGGAGUGCUCGAUAGUCUAAAGGCUGGCGCGAUUGAACAAGAAAAUGCAGAAUUCGAUCCCUCCGGUACGGGUGGCUCUCAAUAUGUUAGGGACACUACGGAUACCACCAGAUCGAGCCCCGAAGAUACAGUGUCCAAUGGCGUCACCAGCAUAACAACAGGCCUCUCUGACCUACGAUGGCAGAACUCAGACAGCCUAGGCCAUGAUUUGGAUGGUUCUACGAUCGAACAAAAAACGAUAUGGCUUCAACGUUUGUUUCCCGAUAUACCGAAGCGUGAGCUAGGUGACGUUUUGGAGAGUCAUGAAGGUUCUCUGGAUAAAGCCACGGACGAGUUGCUUAACCUGUCGUUCCUCAGACAAGAAGACGAGGAACAGCCCGCGGAAGAUGUCUCGGUCUUGAAAGGAAUUGAGGCAUUUGCGGAGGAGGUACACUUGAACCGCAAAGGCAGGAAGAAGCGGAAAACACGGACAGGCGAAUCUUCACGAGCAAGCUCUGCUUCUUCCAAGCAGGACCCAACACCAUCGAACGUGUGGUCUACCAUGUCUGAUGAUGUCGACUUCAUUUGCUCGCGGACAGCCCUUCCACCUCAGACAGUGAGAUCAGUGUACCAUGCCAACGGGGCUCGCCUAGGACCGACCAUUCGCGCUCUGGCAAAGAAAGAGGGUUCGGUUUACGAUACACUCGAAGAGGUUGACCCCGUCCUAGAGCUUCAGGUUUGUGAGUUUCAGACAGAAUUCGAGGAAGUGCCGAAAUCUCAGAUAUACGGUCUCUUGAGUCUGACUCGGAAUAUUCCAUCUGCUGCGCAUGAGCUUCUGAAGGCCAUGACUGCAUCUACAGAGACACAUCCUCCUGGAACACUACAGGUGGCUCCUCAAUAUGCGCCGCCUAACUUGAAGGAGAACACACCGUUGUCGACUUCCGCAUCAUCGCCUUGGACCACUGCAGAUGAUGUUGGUGGCCGAGCAACCGCGUCGUCCUACAGACUUGCAGCUGGCCAGAGCUUUGAACAAGCUUCUGCUGCCUACAGAAAAAGCAAGUCCGAUCGUCUCUAUGGGGGUGUGGCAGCAUACCAUUCCGAGGUUGGUCGCGAACGAGCCCGGGCGGCCAAAGCGCUCCAAGCAGCUGAAGCGGAUGCGCUCGUGUCAAGACAAUCAUCCUCGACGGUGCUCGAUCUUCAUGGAGUAAGUGUACAGGAUGCUGUCCGCAUCGCCGCCAGCAGAACGCAGGCAUGGUGGGAUGGUCUGGGCGACGCCAAAUAUGCCCCAGGCGGUGGCGGUCCUGUCAGAGCCGGUUUUCGGAUUGUGACUGGAGUUGGCAGUCACAGCAAAAAUCAUGCACCGAGGAUAGGGCCUGCAGUCAGCAGGAUGCUCAUCCGCGAAGGAUGGAAAGUGGAAAUUGGACACGGAGAAUUGAUUGUGAGGGGGAAGAAUCGACGAUGA